CAGACAUGCACACACACAACCCAGCACACAGGGGUCUUGGCAGCAGAAGAUCCUAACAGUUCUGGACCAGUCUGGACUCGCGCCUGCCAGCACAGACUGAACAGUGCUUAAAAAAGAAGAAUAGAAGAAGAAGAGGUGAUAAAGGAGUAAAAAGGAGGAUAAGAGGAGUGUGCCGUUUUGUGUUUGUUGAACACCCUGGAUCGAGCCUCCAGCUGAUGAUGGAGAACACAUGAGGAAGAGAGAGAGAUCUGCGGGGACACUCGGGGGAAAAAAUGCUGCUGAGUAAAGUUUGUGGAUAUUUCUAGAGGGAAUUUUUAGCCCUUGAACUUUGGGGAAGACUCGCAGAGGACGGUCGGCUGUGUGCAGAUUGUAAAGAGAGAAAGCCUGCAGGUGGGACGUUGGACAGAAGGGCUCUCCCUGCAGUAUGGCGGCCACCAACCCUACCUCCUGCCACCUUCUCUUCUUCCUCCUCUCCUUCCUUACAACUCAAACUGCCCUCACCCAGGACCCAUCUGUCACCACAGUGACGAUAACCGAAGGUGAUGCUUUCAUCGCCCCCACCACGCUGGCCAACCAGACGACUCCCAGCUACGUGGAGACCACUCAGAACACUCCUAUAGAGACAGGGCUGUCCACUCCCACCAGUGGCGGAGACGCCGACGAUGAGGAUGUCCCUCCCUCCGGUGGGACACGUUGCCAGGGUUACUAUGACGUUAUGGGCCAAUGGGACCCGCCGUUCAACUGCAACGCCGGCGUCUUUCUGUACUGCUGCGGUACCUGCUUUUACCGCUUCUGCUGCCAGUUCCGCCAGCAGCGGCUGGACCAGAGCAUCUGCUCCAACUACGACACGCCCAUCUGGGCCAACACCGGCAAGCCCGUGGCCACCAUCACCGAGGGCCAGGAUGACCAGGACCGGGACCGCACACACCUCAUCGUCUACAUCAUCUGUGGUGUGGUGGCCAUCAUGGUGCUGGUGGGCAUCUUCACCAAACUGGGUCUGGAGAAAAGCCGUGGAGGAAGUGGAGGAGGAGGGGGAGGAGCAGGGGCGGGGCAUGCUGACCUCAAUUCCAGGACACUGACAGACCUGCUGAAGCAGCAGGGAGGUGAAGUGAGCUCGGUGGAAAAUGCCGCGGCCAGUUCGCCCAGCGGAGGGAGAGCCAACGGCAUUUCAGCCAGGAUGCUGCGCAGCAGGAGUGAACAGUACCAGCUGAAUAACUCUGCUUACGGGCCGUUUGGACAAGGGCUUCCACACCCGCACAGCAACCCCAGCACAGUGGGACUCAACAAAUAUACCUCCCUCAAAGCUGUGGCGCACAGUGCGUCUCGUAGCUACUACAAGAGCUUCCCACUCAUGGACUUCUCCCAGUACCAACCUGUGGCACCUCCAGCCUUCCAGCCUGUGCCUCCACAGCCCAAAGAGAAGUCAUACAUCCACCAGCCUGUGUCGGCGCACCAUGACCUCCACGCCCCUCUCUCCAUCUCCAUCCCCUCCAGCCACCUGGAGCAUGCACGCCUCCCCAAGACCACCACGCACCCGCUGCUCUCCAGCUCUGCCUUCAAAGCCUGGGAGCCAACUAGCCGCCACGUCCACAGGCAGGCAUCCGCCCCGGGGCACACCGCCCCUUCAAUGCACAGCUCCACCCGCAGACAAGGCUACUCGAUCCGGAGGCAGCAGAGCAUAGAGAACAUGCCGGAUCUUUUUAGCCAGCCCUAUGUAGGGGUGUACGGAGGAGCUGAAAGGGGGGCCGCGCAGGGGCAGCAUGUACAGGGGCAACCCUCCUAUUACCACCACAGCAGGCAGAAGAGCUACUCCACCCACAGUACAACUGAGGUGACUGUCUGAGCACCAAGGCCUCAGAGAGUGGUUAAACAAAAAGCUUUGGUGUUAGCUAAAUGCCAGACUUUGGGACAGUUGGCCCAACAAGUGAGGGACAUUAAACAGAAAGACACAUUCAGAUUAAUGAGAUAAAAAGGGGUGAUUUGAUGAGCAGAAACAGAGAGAUUCAGGAGAAAAAGAGCGUAGCAGAACCACCACACUUUACAGAUUAGGUAAAGGUUAUAAUUGGACUCUAGCGAUGGUUUUGGAUCACAUUUAGACUGUACCUAAAAGGAAAUCUAUCACUCUCAGGUUCCUAUAGGUCACACAGCCUUCACAGAUCCUCAGUUUUUGUGGUUUCAUUGUGGCUGUACAGGCCUUGUAGGAAUAGAGAUGAGAGAAAAGGACAACACAAAUCUUGCCAGCUCUUAGAGCAGGGGGCUUGAUUUUGUCUUUGAAACGGUUUUACAUGUUGACUUCCUGUCAGAUUUAGCAGAAACAAACAGUUUGUGUUGGCCAAGUAGCUCUGGUUAAGUUUAGGUAAAAUUGGUCAUCAGUACAAGUGGCUGUAAAACAACAGCCUGGUUCAUGGUCAGGUUUGGUUAUUAAAAACAUUCCACAGCUGACAAAUACUGCAGCAAGAGGCAAAACUUCCUAAUGUUGUCAACAGCUGCUUUAAUGUAAAUGUUGUUUAUAACCUUUAAGAUCCAUGUAUGUGGUUCACCUACAGGAGUUAGACCUCACCUCAGGAACGACUCAAUUUAAA